GACGCCGUGCGAAAUCAAGGCGGAGUGAUGCAGCGGAUGGGAUCGAUCCGGCGGCGCUGGCAUGCGGCAGCGCGAUUUGGUAGGUGGGCACCGGCAGCGAACCAAGUGCUCACCUGCUCGUGCUGUUGCCUCUGUGGGACUGAGCGCUGCACUAGACACAUUCUGUGGUCAAGCCUUCGGUGCAAAAGAAAAAGCUUCUGUAGGUGUACACACGCAGAGAGCUAUGCUAGUGCUAUUUGCCAUAUGCAUUCCAGUGUCAGUAGUGUGGAACUGUACAGAGCCUAUACUGAUCUUCAUUCGACAAAAUCGAGAAGUUUCCGCCGUCGCUGGUUCCUACAUCCGAUGGAUGAUCCCAGCAUUAUUUGGUUAUGCACUUGUUCAAUGCCAGACUAGGUUCCUGAACAAUCAAAGGGUCGUGCUUCCCUUGAUGCUUAGCUCAUUGCUCUGUUCUGUGCUCAAUGUACCGCUGUGCUGGCUUCUCGUUCUCAAGUCUCCUCUUGCCAACAAGGGGGCUGCCAUGGCUCUCUCUAUCUCAUAUUGGUUCAAUGCCAUCUUGCUUGCUCUUUAUAUCAAGUACUCACCCACUUGCAAGGAAACAUGGACUGGAUUUUCAAGGGAUGCCUUCCACCAUGUGCCUCAGUUCCUCAAGCUUGCUGUGUCAUCAGCAUUAAUGAUAUGUUUGAGAUUCUGGGCGUUGGAGCUUCUAGUGCUUCUUUCUGGUAUUCUGCCAGACCCAAAACUCGAAACUUCUGCAUUCUCGAUCACGCGUAAUACAUCAUCAAUUGUUACCAUGAUCUCUGUUGGUUUGAGCACUUCCGCCAGCAUACGUGUCUCAAAUGAGUUAGGCGCCGGUCGUCCAAAACAAGCGCGGAAAGUUGUAUUAAUUGCUUUGUUUAUAGCUACUUCUGAAGGCUUGAGCGUAUCAUUACUUCUAGUCUUGUUAAGAAAUGUAUGGGGAAAGGUUUAUAGCAACGAAACCUAAGUUGUAAAGUAUGUGGCCAAUAUGUUACCGUUGGUCGCCAUUAGCCAUCUUUUUGAUUCAACACAGUGCUUGUUUGCAGGUACAUUGAGGGGAUGUGGUUUGCAAAAGAUAGGCGCAAUAGUAAUGAUAGGAACGUUGUACAUUAUUGGUAUUCCUCUUUCAGUUGUUUUGGGCUUUCCUGUUCACCUGAGAUCAAAGGGCUUUUGGAUUGGGUUCAUCAUCGCACUCUUCGUUCAAGAUUUGAUAUUUGGAAUGCUAUUUUCAUGCAUUAGUUGGGAGAACCUGGCUGCCAAAGCUAAAGAGAGAGUAUAUGAUUCCAUCUCACAAAAAGAGAACAUCUCAGAGGACAGUUUAGCACAACUUAAAGGUGUAAGGAGUACUGUACAAGAAGAAGAUCAUGUAUGUCCACCACACAUGCCUUGAUCAGAAAACCAAGGGACGUGGACAAAGUUUCACCUCACAUGCCUUGAUCAGAAUACCAAGGGACGUGGACAAAGUUUCACCUACUUGCUCCUUCGGCAGAUCCUAGAAGUAAAAGAUCUACCGCCUUUACCUAACUGUAUUGGUUGUAUCGCCUUGAUGCGAUUUUUGAAUCAAUAAAAGCUCCCUUUAAAGGUUA